UCUCUCUCUCUCUCCUCAAUCGCAGGGCUGCGCUCACCGACUCGACACCGCCAACAGGGAUGCAGCGAGGGCGCAGCGCAGCCUGAAAAUGGCACCACCACGCGUCCUGUGGAUCUAUCCGUCCCUUUUCCUCCUGUCCUACCUGCUUCUUUUUCACACGUUGACGCCGUGCCGAGCCUUACGGAAUUACCCGGAGAAUGAAGUUACAUUGCUGGACUCCAUGUCAGCCUUGGCUGACCUGGGCUGGGAGGCUUACCCGAAUGAGGGGUGGGAGGAGAUCAGUGUGAUGGAUGAAAGGAACACCCCAAUGAGGACCUACCAGGUGUGUAAUGUCAUGGAGGCCAACCAGAACAACUGGCUGAGGACACGUCACAUCAGCCGAGAAGGAGCGCAGCGCGUCCACAUUGAGAUCAAGUUCACCCUGAGGGACUGCAACAGCCUGCCUGGGGUUCCUGGUACCUGUAAAGAGACAUUCAACAUGUACUACUAUGAGUCCAACAAUGCCAACCUGUGGUUCAUCAAGGAAAGCCAGUAUGUCAAGAUCGAUACUAUUGCUGCAGAUGAGAGUUUUACACAGGUGGACGUUGGCGACCGUGUGAUGAAGCUGAACACGGAGGUGCGCGACAUCAGCAACCUGAGUAAAAAGGGUUUCUACCUGGCCUUCCAGGACUUGGGCGCCUGUAUCGCUCUGGUCUCAGUCAGGGUCUUCUACAAGAAGUGUUCCCUCACUGUGUUUAACUUGGCCCAGUUUCCCGACACAAUAACAGGCGGAGACACAGCGCUGGUGGAGGUCCACGGUGUGUGUGUUAAUGCCUCUGAGGAGUUUGAGGCUCCCAAGAUGUACUGCAGUGCAGACGGAGGUUGGCUCGUUCCCAUCGGGAGAUGUGUGUGCAAACCGGGCUUCGAGGAGAACAAGGACGUCUGCCAACCGUGCAGACCUGGUACCUACAAAGCUUCAGCCACAGAUGCCUACUGCACCAAAUGUCCUCUUCACAGCUCGUCCCCGCAGGAACAAGCCGUCGAGUGCGUUUGCGAGAAAGGUUUCUACCGUUCUGAGACCGACCCACGCGCCAUGGCCUGCACACGUCCUCCAUCGGCCCCAGAGAACCCCAUCUCCACAGUGAACGAGACCUGCGUCACCUUGGAGUGGUCACCACCCAGAGACACAGGAGGCCGAGGAGACAUCACCUACAGCCUCCACUGCAGGAAGUGCUCCGGUGAUGGCAAGAAGUGCACACCAUGCGGUAGCAGCGUCCAUUUUGUUCCCAGACAGUUUGGUCUCUCGUCAGCCACCGUGCUGGUCACAGACCUGCAGCCAGACUCCAACUACAGCUUCACUGUUGAGAGCCAGAACGGAGUGUCAGACUUAAGUCCCACACCCAGAGGAACGGCAAUCAUCAAUAUCACUACAUCACAGACAGUGAGCGUAGUAUUGAAGGAGAGGCGGAGCAAGGACAGCGUGACUUUGGCCUGGCAGGGUCCAGAGAGACCCAACGGAGCGAUAGUGGAGUAUGAGGUCAUCUACUAUGAGAAGAAUCAGCGGGAGCAGAACUACACAGUCUUGAAGACUCGCUCCAACAUGAUGACGGUGGACGGGCUAAAGCCAGGGACCACCUACGUGUUCAGGGUCAGGGCUCGAACUGACGGAGGCUACGGGAGCUACGGUGGAGAGAUCGAAUUGGAAACCAGCCACGAAGAUGUUUUUGCUAUCGGGGACCCUAACCAGUCCACCAUUCUGGCUGUGUCCAUCGCUGGGGGAAUUGCUCUCCUCAUCUUCCUGGUGACUUGCUUCGUUGUCAGUGGAAGGCACUGCGGAUAUAUUAAAGCCAAGCAGGACCCUGAUGAAGAGAAGAUGCAGUUCCAACAUGGCCGAGUCAAGCUUCCAGGCAGCAGGACCUACAUCCAUCCUCACACCUACGAAGACCCCAACCAGGCUGUCAGGGACUUUGCCAAAGAGAUUGAUGCUUCCAAUAUUCGUAUAGAGAGAGUCAUUGGAGCUGGAGAGUUUGGGGAGGUGUGCAGUGGCCGGCUGCGUGUUCAGGGAAAGAGGGAGAUCUACGUGGCCAUCAAGAGUCUGAAGGCAGGAUACUCUGACAAACAGAGGAGGGACUUCCUGUCUGAGGCUUCCAUCAUGGGACAGUUUGACCAUCCAAACAUCAUCAGGCUGGAGGGUGUCGUCACAAGAUGUAAGCCGGUGAUGAUCAUAACAGAGUUCAUGGAAAAUGGAUCUCUGGACACUUUCCUCAAGAAACAUGACGGCCAGUUCACAGUGAUCCAGUUGGUUGGCAUGCUGCGUGGCAUCGCCUCAGGUAUGAAGUACCUGUCAGACAUGAGCUACGUUCACAGAGACCUGGCAGCUCGAAACAUCCUGGUCAACAGCAACCUGGUGUGUAAGGUGUCUGACUUUGGCCUGAGUCGGGUUCUGGAGGACGACCCAGAGGCUGCCUACACUACAAGGGGAGGGAAGAUCCCCAUCAGAUGGACGGCUCCAGAGGCCAUAGCCUACAGGAAGUUCACCUCAGCCAGCGAUGUGUGGAGUUACGGUAUCGUCAUGUGGGAGGUGAUUUCAUACGGAGAGAGACCCUACUGGGAGAUGUCUAAUCAGGAUGUGAUCAAAGCAAUAGACGAGGGCUACCGUCUUCCCGCUCCCAUGGACUGUCCUGUGGUGUUGCACCAGCUCAUGUUGGACUGUUGGGAGAAGGGACGCAGCGACAGGCCAAAGUUUGGACAGAUUGUCACAAUCCUGGACAAGCUCAUCAGAAACCCCGCCAGCCUCAGAGAGCUGGCCAACAGCUCAGCAUGCAGGGAGGACCCGUCCACCCCAGAGUUCAGUGUGAGCACAGUGGAUGAGUGGUUGGAGGCCAUCAAGAUGGGCCAGUAUAAGGAUAACUUUUCCAGUGCUGGAUAUGUCAGCUUGGACUCAGUUCUCUACAUCAGUGUCAGUGAAUUGGCAAAGAUGGGUGUGACUCUGGCCGGCCACCAGAAGAAGAUUUUGUCCAGCGUGCAAAGCCUGCAGACCCAGGGGACGCACGUCCAAGUAUAACAGUUUCCACAUAAACACACAGUGAGACAGAGCCAAAAUGGAUGCUCCAGUGAAGAGUUUCCCCACUGAAAUGGAGUCGUAAUGGAUACUCUGUGCUCGGGCCUCCAUUGAUUUUGAGACACACUGAGAUGGAGACAACAUGGACGCUUGACUCCUUCACCCUCUCGCUGUUUCACCAUUCCUCCCAUCCUCGACGGGCACUACUGGCUUUAUCACUCAGAGUCCCAGCAACACAACCACCAUUAUGGAGCAACAGAGAGACACAUGUCCAACAGCAAGGCCACAUCUAGAGAAUCCCAGACCAUUUCACAUCAUAUCAGCUCAACAGAAUAAAUGACAAAAAAAACAAAUUAGAAUAUAAUUAUCAUCACUGUCUGUGAGGUGUACAGUUGGUUUUUACUGUCAUUUUGUUUCUGUUUUGAGUUUUCACCUUGAAGAGUUUAAAAGGGGUCAGAAGAUAUGUAUAUGUGUAGAUAUAUGUUUAUACGGGCUGUGUGUCCCACAACCGUAGAGAUGGACCUAACGUUUGUAUUGGUGGUGAGGUUUAUAUUGCUCGACCUUAAUAGAAGUUUUUACCUAGUACAUGUAUGGGCCCUUGCAUUGCUCUCUGUAUACAGAAAGCCAAUGAAUGAGCUGAGAUUCUGAAUGACCUGAAUGUGUAGGGUGAGGGGAACAGAAAACCUGGACCUUUAGAGAUAGAGAGGGAUGUAGAUUUUGCUAGCUCGUGUAGGAUGGAAGUAUGAUUCAUUUAAAUAGUGUAUUUGACCAGGACAAGGGCUUCCCUAGCGACUGCUCUCAGACACACUUCCAUAGCAACUAGACCCAGUGCACGUCUGCUUGCACUUAUGAUGUAACUGAGUGCAAAAAAACAGCAAAAAAACUGCUUAAAGUGCAGUUAGCACAGAGAAAUUUUUACUCUUCCACAACUGACUGUUGAGUCCAAACAACAUUGUCUAUUCAGCUGUUACAGUAUGAUGUUGUUGGGAAUAUUUCAGCCCAAGAGUUUGCCAUGUUUCAGGUGUGUUAAGAAAGCUAUAGUGUUUUGUGUAGAACAAAGGUAAUGUCAAGGUCAUGACAGAGUUGACACUGUUAAGAACGGUGUAACUUGUUUUUCCAGUGUUGUGCCAUGUACAGUAAACUUUAAAUGUCCAUCUGGGCAACAUACCACCAUUCUUACUGUACUCUUUCCUUUAAUCAAUUCACAUGGCUGGAUGGUAACACAAGGCCAGUACACAGUAAUUACAGUGUUUUGUCCAAAAAGUCUGCUUGAUGAAAAUGAGCAUUGGAAUGGAGCCUUUUUCAGCAAGAUGAAAUACAUGCAGUGUUGAUUUUCCACGUGAGGGUAAAUUUUACUUAAAAGAAUAUGAUUUGUCUUGUACUGUCUCACUUUCUUGUUACCAGUCAUGCCAACCUAUUUCAAGCAUCUUUAGUUUCAAACCAAUACCCAUAAGGUAAAUUUACAAAACAAUGUUUACAGCAAAAAGCAAAUACAUUUGUUUGUUGGUUUUUCCUUAUCAGAAGGAAACUGCUGCUUAUCACAUUAAUUGCAAGGUUAGAUAUGAUGGGACCCUCUUUGUGUGCACAGUAUUAAUGGCACUAAACCUGCUUUAGUGUAUUCCCAAACCCAGUUUUAAUAUAUGUGGUACUCUAUAGGACCAACGGUGGCAUAAAGUACAGUAUAUAUGAUUGUAUCAUAGUGUAAAAUAUGUACAGUGUUGAUUUCCAAUGUUAGAAUGUUUGUAAUGAUAACAAUGAUGAUGACUAUGAUGUACUUUUAUUGUGAAAAAGAGAUUUCUGAAGUACUCGUUCAGGGGCGGGUCAUACAGGAGAAAAGUGAAGGGAGGUGAUUUGUUGGUCUGAACAAAGGAAUGUAGCAUGGUGCGAAGCUUCAGCUUUGAUGGACAGGUGACAGUGACUGCAGUUUCUACUAUAGUGUUACAAUGAGUAGAAUGGACUUUCCUUAUUGAUACACUGGCUUAAUUUGCAAAUCUCCCUUAAACAAUAAUUACAUGCACUUUUAAGCCUGUGUCUGCCUCCAACACAACUUGUAAAAAUGCUUGUUGGGGUGAAGAAGGGAUGGAAGGAGGAAGGCUGAGAUCAGAUCAAAUUUCUAUCUACUGACAUCACAAAUAAACAUUUGCUACCCCCCCCAUAAAGGCAUAAAUUGUCCAGUAAUAGCUUAGCAACCGUAACUACGCACGGCAGACCUGUCAAGCUUUGCAUUUCUCCACACGCUGAAGUGAUUUGCAUGCAGUAAGAGCAUUAUUCGGCAUUUAAACAGUUUAGCGGGUGAUGACUUUUUCCAGCCUUUCCAAAACCCAAAAUAGAACAACAAAAAUGCAAAGAAUGGAUUAAACAGUGCGUUUGUCUGUUCUAAUGUAAGUUGCAAUUGCUAGCUAACCACCUACAGUCGUAACCGAGCAUUACUUCCAAGGCCACGGUGCACAUAAUUAAUUAACUAACUCAUCCACUGUGUUGUAUCGCCCCACUUUGUGGAAGCUGGUCUUGGAUGCUAUCAGAGUUAAGGCUAACAUUAGCAGUUUUGUCCUGCUCUUUAGGGAUUUGGGGAACCCUAGCCAACAUUACCCAAGAUAGCUUUACAUUUGCCAAACACGUUGGUUAGUCCUCAUCCCUAAAGCCUUUUCUUUUGUAAUGUUAAACAUUGUUUGAAAAUACAUAUGGAAAAAUGUAUGGAAGCUAGGCAGCCAAACAGGUUAUGUUAGAACAAAAUAACAGUUCCAUCAUACUUAUACUAGGACUAACUAUACUGUAAUACAAGAACAAUGUUGUUUCUUGAUUUCCACGUGUUCUACAUUGAUCAUCAACUGGUGAGGAUGCUGACUUUUUGCCCACUUUCAGCUUUAGCCUCAGUCUUUUACCAUAUCAUAAAGCCAUCACGUGCACAUUUAAGACCCUUUUUACAGGGUUUUCAUUUUAAAACAAGAGAGCUGGAAACAUUAAAAUGUCAGCUGGAGACAGCGUUUUCAAACAACUCAUGGAGCUAAGGUUAGCUUUACUAGCUUAGCGAGCUAGCUACAUCUACUAAAAUAUGCCAGUGACAGCUGUCCUUUUAGCCAGAAUUUUUUUUUUUGGUUUGGUGGCUACAAAUGAGAAGUUUGCUUUUGCCUACCUCUGUCUCUGAAAUCAAUCAAUUACUAAGAAUUUUGAUGGUAAAAGUGCCACUCUUAUUGUAAACUACAGUAUGUGACAUUCUAGAAUGGAAAGCUUGACAGGCAUAGCAACAGUAACUAAGGGGGCGGGGCUUAGUCAACUGUCGGGAUGGAGUGGGUUAUCCAAUAUGCCACACACAAAAACACAAUACAAUUCGGAGCAUCUGAAUCUGUUAGUACAUUCUACUCUUGCUAACUCUAUUAUUUCACUCUAGCGGACUACCCUUGACCGCUGGCCUUUUAAAUGCCUUAUUUACUGAGCUAUUGUUCUUUUCUGUUGCCAUAUAGAGGCGAUAUUAAGAGUAAAUUGUAUGUACAGGUAGUAUUUAUCUGUGUUUUUAAGAUGACCUCACAUCAACACCCUGGUUUUGUAACAUCCCAGAGACCCCCUCCAACAGCACCUUCACUUUGAUUCCUCUAAGCAGAACAAAGUAAUUUUGUUCUGAAAAUACUAUAAUAAAUCUUAAAGCUAAUGGCCUUUAAAAGCUGAUAGAGAAAUUGACAGAAUUGUUCUUAUUUAUUUGAGUCAGAAGAUAUUCCUUGAUCAAAAAGAAAUGCAGGUUAUGGAUGUGGUUAGCUUGCAAUUUGAUAGGCUAUAUUUGGUUGCAAACUUAUUUUCAUGUGCAAAAUUCCUCAUACAAUGUCAGAAUUAGAAAAGGAUAAUUUUAAGUAUCACCCAAAACAUAUGAGUACAUUGCGACAAUGUCCUCCCUUUUUACAAGCUUAUUCAACACUCCCACUUUAGAGAUUUUAAGAAUACAGAAGACAUAGCCACACUUCUGGUUCAACUAUCAAAAUCCCAGGUUUGUGUUACUAUUCACCCUAUCAAGGUUAGCUAUAUGGGUUGGUUUGCUUGAUCUGAAAUACAGUGUUUGUCCUCCAUUCCCCACCAGGUCUGUAUUGUAAGUGUUUAUGAGUGAUUCUCAUUCUCGAGACUUUCAGCUCUGUCUCUUUCUCUCCUCCUCUCUCUUUCUUUGGCCACCGUACAAUGCUUAUUUGUCCCCAUGCCAGUUUCCUCUGCGUUGCUUGUUGUAAAGGGUGUAGGCAUUCUAAUGUCUUUCAUGUUGCUGUAAUAAAUAUGCUAAUAUUUCUAAUUUCUCA